AUGUCUUUAUUCUCAUCUGCAAAAUUGCACAAUACUGGCCCUUAUGCUUCUGAUCAUGCACCGUUAUGGUUGAACCUGGACUUCAGAAAGAGGUCAGAGUAUACUUACCGCUUCAGAUUUGAGAAUGCCUGGGUUAGAGACCCUCUUUGCAGACAGAUAGUGAAGGAUAAUUGGGGAGCGCCUCAUUCCAAUACUCUUAUUCAGAAGAUUAGAUGUUGUAGUACUUCCCUUGCGGAGUGGGGGCGAGACAUUACUGGCACUUUGAAAGCUCGUAUUGCUCGAUGUAAGGCUAUCUUAAAAUGGACCCAAGGACGGCGUGAUAACUAUUCAAUUCAGUGUUAUAAGGAGGCUCAGACUCACUUGUUUGAAGCUCUUGCCCAACAGGAAAUCUUUUGGCGUCAAAGAUCUAAGCAAUUGUGGCUUCAGGCGGGAGAUCUAAAUACAAAGUACUUCCAUGCCUCAGCAAAUAAACGGAGAAGGAGAAAUCAAGUUGUUGCGCUUAAGGAUGAGAAUGGUGUGUUGCGCAAUUGGGAUAAUGGUUUAGGGGCCAUCAUGGUUGAUUAUUUUCAGAAUCUCUUCUCAGCUUCUAGUACAGAAUGGCAUUAUGUGAUGGAUUGCAUCUCAGCUUCUAUUUCAGAGGAAGCUAAUAUGGAUCUUGUAAGGCCUAUUGAACCAGAUGAAGUUAAGCAGGCUCUGUUCCAGAUGCACCCAGAUAAAUCCCCAGGGCCAGAUGGUUUUUCUUCAGGAUUCUACCAGAAAUUCUGGGAUGUUGUGGGUGAGGAUGUUAUUUACAUGGUUCAGGAGUUCUUCACAUCUGGGUCUUUUCCAGAUCAUCUUUCAGAGACAAAUAUUGUAUUGAUUCCAAAGAAGUCAGAGCCAGAGUCUAUGGGAGAUCUGCGUCCAAUAGCUCUCUGUAAUGUGGUUUAUAAAGUGGUUUCGAAGGUGAUGGCCAACAGAAUGAAGACGAUCCUUAACAUGGUGAUUUCUGAAACUCAGAGUGCUUUUGUACCUGGGAGAUUGAUUACAGACAAUAUCAUGGUGGCUUUCGAGGUGAUGCACUAUCUGAAGAGAAAAGGAACGGGGAAGGACGGGUACAUGGAUUUAAAGCUCGACAUGAGUAAGGCGUACGACAGAAUCGAAUGGGGUUUCCUUGAAGCGACAAUGAAAAAGAUGGGUUUUGGUGAUCAUUGGGUGUCGUUGAUUAUGAAAUGUGUCAGCUCGGUCCCCUAUAAGAUUGCUAUUUCUGGGAAGGAGUUGGGCCCAAUUGUUCCAUCUAGAGGAUUGAGACAGGGUGAUCCUCUGUUGCCAUAUCUUUUCAUCAUUUGCGCAGAGGGCUUCUCUGCAUUGAUUUCAAAAUUUGUUGCUGAGGGCAGGCUCACUGGGUGUAAAGUUGCAAGGGGGGCUCCUGUGAUUUCUCAUAUGCUGUUCGCUGAUGACAGCUACUUGUUCUGUAAAGCCACAGUGGAAGAGGCAUCUCAUGUCAAGGAGGCCCUUAGAUUAUAUCAGUUGGCCUCUGGUCAACAGAUCAAUUUUAGCAAGUCCUCUGUCUUUUUUAGCACUAAUACCAACUAUGUAGUGCGCCAAAGCAUAUGCAAUGAUCUUCAUAUUCCUGAAGCUGGCCCAGCUAGCAUGUAUUUGGGACUCCCAAACACGCUAGGAAGGAAUAAAUCCGUGAUGCUCGGAUUCAUAAAAGAUAAAAUAAGGAAGCGGAUUGAACAAUGGGAGGGGAGGUUAUUAUCAAAGGCAGGAAAAGAAGUUUUGCUUAAAACAGUGGCCCAAUCGUUGCCUUCUUAUGCUAUGAACGUAUUCCUAUUGCCUUUUGGAUUAUGUAAUGAGAUGGAGAAACUCAUGAGCCGUUAUUGGUGGCAUUCUUCUUCAAGUAGGGGGAAAGGUAUUCACUGGAAGAAUUGGGAUAGUUUAAAAGCUCAUAAAGUUAAAGGGGGUCUGGGAUUUAGAGAUCUUCAUCAUUUUAAUAGAGCACUUUUAUGUAAACAAGGGUGGAGAUUGCUGGCUAAUCCUUCUUCUUUGGUGGGUCGUAUAUUUAAAUCUAGAUAUUUCAGAGCUGGGAAUUUUUUAACUGCAGAGCUAGGAUCAAAUCCUAGUUUCAUUUGGAGGAGUAUUUGGGAGAUUAAGGAUCUGGUUCAGUGUGGGGCCCGCUAUAGAGUGGGUAAUGGGGAAUCUAUUGAUAUUUUAAGGGACCCUUGGUUACAAGAAAAAGAAAACCCUUUUGUUUCCUCUCGGCAUCCUGCGUUAUUGGGGGCAAAGGUCUCUUCUUUGCUGAAAUUGGACAGAGACGGGUGGGAUAUGGAUGUGGUCAACGAUCUUUUCAAUAGGCGUGACGCUAAGUGUAUUUUAAGUAUUCCAAUCAACCCCAACCGCUCAAUUGAUAGCUGGUAUUGGAGCUUAGAAGCGUCGGGUUUAUUCACUGUGAGAAGCUGUUACAAAAGUCUUCAGCUUCUCAAAAAUGGGGAGGCCACCAUUGAAGAGAAAGCAUUUUGGAGGGGAAUAUGGAAGGUGAAAGUCCCUCCAAAAGUGAAAGAUCUUAUCUGGAGAUCAGCUUCGGGAUGCUUACCCACGAACGCCUCUCUUCAUCUGAAGCAUGUGGGUGCCGAUUCGAUCUGUCCUCUUUGUAAGUCGGAGAGAGAAACGGUACUGCAUGCACUGGUAAGUUGUCGAAUUGUUUGGCCGUGCUGGGAUAAACUGGGUUUGAGAUUGAGGGCUCCGGGUUUGGUUUCCUUUGUUUCCUGGUUAAGGGCUAGCUUGGAUGCUUCAACUGAUGAAGAUAGAUCUAAAAUCUUCAUGUUGUGUUGGUCUGUUUGGAGGAGGAGAAAUGACUGGGUGUGGAAUAAUAGGAAAGGCUCAACGUAUGGGGUCUUGCUCCUAGCUGAUUCUACCUUGCAGGCCUGGGUUAGUGCUCAAGAUCGCGAAGUGGCUCCUUUGCCAAAUUACUUAUCGCCUGCUGAUGGAGCUGUAGUGUGGAGAAAACCAAAAAGGGGAGACCUUAAGGUUAAUGUUGAUGCAGCCAAUUUCUUGGGGGCAGAAACUUAUGGUUUUGCGGGUGUAGCCCGGGAUCACAAUGGAACUCUGAUUGAAGCUUUCUCGGUCUAUAGGAAUGGUGCGAUCAAUCCUGAAUUGGGGGAAGCCAUGGGUGUCCGUGAGGCACUGAGCUGGAUCAAACGUAGGAGAUGGACAAAUGUGGUGGUGGAGACACACAGUUUGAUGGUUAUCCAAGCUCUUAGAAGUAACAUUGUCAUGACUUCCUAUUUUUGGAGCAUUAUUGAUGAUUGUAAACUCCUGUUAAAGGACUUGAUUUUAGUUUCUAUUUAUUUUGUUAAACGUUCUGCAAAUGAGGCUGCCGAUGCUUUGGCUAAGUCCUCCUCUGUUGUAGCUGAACGUACUCUUUUAAGGGAUGAUAUCCCCUCAAGUGUGUUGGAUGUAAUCUUUAAAGAUAGUUGCCAAUAA